AUGAAGUUCAUUACUCUCGCUCCUUCUGUCCUGGCUCUAGCCACGGGGAUACUGGGUAUGCCUUCUUUAGCACUCAAGCGUAACCCAACCGGCUCCUUUGGUCUAGUUGCAUACGGCAUCGAGAAGCACCCCAUCGCCGUUUUUUACUCCGACGGCCUCGCAGAUGCCGGCGACUCCUCCAAAUGGACCCACGGAUCCCUCACUACAGAGGUCAGCUCCGAUGACCUGAUACUCGACAGCAACACGCUACUCUACAUCCUCACCACGGAUGGCGAGGCCACCCCCGUCGGCUUCACCGGGAAUGGACGGGAAACUCCUGCAAAUGCGACGACGGAGAACUUUAUUUUUUUUAUGGGAGUUUCCUCGCGUGGUUGCAGACUGAUAGGACCCUGGCCAGCUCGUUUCGGAUGA